AUGUCAGCAGCAAAGCCGCACUACCGCAUCGGCGUCGACGUCGGAGGCACCAACACCGACGGCGUCCUGCUUUCCCUCUCACUCACCUCUUCUUCGCAGCCAAACCGCGGCGUUUUGGCGAGUUUCAAGUCGCCUACGACUCCGGAUGUAACCAGUGGCAUUCAAAGUGCUGUGAGAGAGGUGCUGACAGAGAGCGCAGUCAACCCGGGAGACGUCGGGAGUUUGAUGAUUGGAACUACACAUUUCAUUAAUGCUGUCGUGGAGCGUGAUGCCCGCCGUCUGUCGAAAGUCGCGGUGAUCCGCUUGGGUGCUCCAUAUACCAAGGAAUGUCCCCCUUUUCUCGACUUCCCGCCGUCAUUACGCGCAAUCAUGGACGGACAUGUCGCCAUCCUGAAAGGAGGGCUCCAGAUUGAUGGAAAGCUCAUCAACGACAUCAACGAAGCCGAGAUAGUCUCUGAAUGCAAGAUCAUCAAGGAGAAAGGUCUGAAAGCAAUAGCGGUCGUAGGAAUAUACUCAUCCCUCGACAGGCAGGAUGGCACCUCCCAAGAAGACCGAGCAAAAGCCAUAAUAGAACGAGAACUUGGCGAAGACGUGCACGUUGUCUGCUCCCGCGAAGUGGCCAACCCCGGCCUCCUCGAGCGGGAAAACGCCACCAUCCUCAACGCCUCGAUCCUCGCCUUCGCCCGGCGCACCAUCGCCUCCUUCCGGCGCGCGAUGGGCAAGGUCGGGCUGAGCUGUCCUUUAUUCCUCACGCAGAACGACGGGACGCUCACGACUGCGCGGGAAGCAGCGCGGCUCCCGAUCCGGACGUUUGCCAGCGGGCAGACUAACAGUAUGCGCGGGGCGAGCUAUCUAGCAGGCCUUGGAUCGUCCGCGUCGGAGAUCUCCAAGAAGGGACAGAGCGUAAUCGUGGUAGACAUUGGCGGGACGACUACCGAUGUCGGCGUGCUCCUGCCCAGCGGAUUCCCGCGGCAGGCGGCUGCGUUCAUCUCUGUCGGCGGGGUACGCACGAAUUUCAGUAUGCCGGACGUACAAAGUAUAGGACUCGGAGGAGGGAGCAUUGUGAGGACUCGCGCGGAAUCGGGCGGUGUCAAAGUGACCGUCGGACCAGACCUCGCCUCCGGGGUGUCCGCUGCAAUUGGUUCUUUCCGCAAUGAGCUCAAUGGCGAUGUUACAGUGCAUCUGAGAGAGGAUAUCCCACAGCGUGGAGCGGCUCCAAGCCAACUAUGUCCCUUAAAAUCGGCAAACUUCCUUUCCCUGACUACUCCACCCUGCGGUAUAAUCUCCGACAGAUACACUCUGUGGGACAAGUCAUCCAGCUCACAGGGUACCGCUUCGCGGGAAGGACUACUUGUUGUGAUGACGAGCUCCACUGGAUACAAACUCCUUACAGAGGGCCUGGUCUUCGGAGGCUCCACCCGCACCGCGACAGACCUCGCGGUGGCGCUCAACCCGUCCCUCGCCAUAGGGGACGUGUCCAAAGCGAAGAAUGCCUUCGACGAGGAAGAACUCAAAGGCGCAAAGGAGUGCGUGAAGAAGCUGCUCGAGGAUGUGAUUGACAGGAUGAAGACGAGCCCCGAAUCUGCGACUGUGUUGCUCGUCGGAGGUGGGAGUGUGAUUGCACCCGAACAGCUGAACGGGGUUGCGGAGCUUAUCAGGCCGCCCCUGUUUUCCUGCGCCAAUGCUGUCGGAGCUUGUGUUGCUAAUGUUUCCGGAGAAGUUGACACGAUUGAGAUCCUGGAGGACAAGAAGCUUGAGGAAGUGGUUGACAAGGCCAAAGCGCUCGCCAUUGAGAGGGCGGUCCAGAACGGCGCCAAGCGGGAAACGGUGAAGGUGGUCGAGGUGGAGAAUCUACCGGUUCAGUAUAUUACGAUCAAAGCCACCCGUCUCAUCGUCCGCGCUGUGGGCGAACUGGACGCGGAAGCCAUUCCAGCUGAGUCAACCGUCAUCGAAGACUUCGCAGAUGCGGAAGAGGGCUAUGUAGAGGGCGAAAAGCUGGCGGCCAACGGAGAAGCAGGGUUCGUCGAAAGGAAGAUCGAUAUCGCCACGUAUCGGCCGACGAUCAACGAGAAAGGUGAAUGGCUGCUGAGUGAGGUCGACCUAGAGUGGAUACAGGAAGGUUGUGGCAUCCUGGGUACGGGAGGAGGAGGGAGUCCGUAUCCCCCAUUCAUCAUAGAGACCAGGGCUCGUGAGAUCCUGCGAGAAGGCGGGUGUAUCAAGGUCAUCUCCUCGGAUUCUCUCCCGGAUGAUGCGAUGAUGGGUAGCCCAUCUGUGUCGAAUGAGCGACUGCAAGCCGGAACGGAAGUCGAAACUGCUUGUCGAAAUCUGAUGAAAUUCUUGAACGCCGGAAAGCCUGCAGCAGUCAUCUCUGAUGAGAUUGGUGGGGGCAAUGGCAUCCAACCGAUGAUUCUUGCAUCCGCGAAGCAUCUCGACUUCGACGGUGAUUUAAUGGGUCGGGCCUAUCCUCAGAUGUGGCAGAGCCUUCCGGCGGCGUUCUCAGUGCCGGCGAGUCUGACCCCUUGUGCUAUCGCAGACGGUGUCAAUAAUUCAAUUGUGAGCACACGGCGACUAAGAGGCGUAUGCACCACUUUGGGUAGCAAGGCUGGUGUUAGUAUGGCCCCUCUCACUGCCAAGACCUGCAGAGAAUACGGGGUCACUCGGACUGUAUCACAGGCGUGGAGACUCGGGAAAGCUGUCGCUGAAUGCCGCUCUAAGAGUGAUUUGGGUGGCAUAACGGAUGCUAUCCUCAGCCUGCAAAACGGCAAAUGCCUGUUUGUUGGUAAGAUCGUGGGAAUCGAGCGUGAAGUACGAGCUGGUUUUACGUGGGGUUCCGUUACUAUGGCACCGCUUACCCUCGAGGAGGAAGAGAGCAAAGGCUCCAAGAACCUGCCAGAUGAAUCUGCAAUGCAAAACGCAACUUUGCGUAUUGAGUUCCAGAACGAGAAUUUGCGCGCAGACCUGACUUCAUCGGGUGGUAGGACUGAGCUCAUCGCGGUGGUCCCUGAUCUUAUCACCGUCCUCGACUCUCAAUCUGGCUCCGCCUUGGGAACGCACGAAUAUCGCUACGGUCUUCGUGUAACCGUGAUCGCACUGGCGGGCCAUCCGCUUUGGUCCACUAAGGAAGGUCUGAAGACGGGUGGCCCCGGAGCGUUCGGAUUAGAUUUGCCAUACAUGCCAGUAGGUGAAUAUCGCGAGCCGGUCUCCGUCAUCGAGGAGUACGGCCCUGGCAUCCGAAAGUGA